GCCAAAAUUAAUGUUGGUUCUAACCCUGGACGGUGGCUAGAUGGGAAUGCUAGCUAGUAUUUAACUGCAUUGGUCUUUCCAUUCUCUGGCUUGUUGUGUGUCUUGUCUGUGUUCCUCCCUUUCAUUUGCCUUUUGGUAAACCGGGGUGGCCUCGAUUUGCUGGCAGUCGAUUCAUCAUCUAUCGACAAGAUCCCUACCAAUCUGCCUGCACGCACACACACACACCUGCUCCUUCACACCCACACGCACACUUUCUUUGCAGAGAGGGGAGUCGUGGAGAUGAAAGAGGGGUCCUCCCCCAAAGUCGUGAGAUCAGCCAUUAGAACAACAGUCAGUAUCCAGCGAAGAGAAAAAAGAGAGAGUAGUAUCAGGGUUGGUCCGUGGGUGGCUCUUUCCCGGCACCAUUCCAUUUGCAAAACAAACGCCCCAACCCAACGGCAGCCUGAGGCCCGCCGUCGGAUCUCGCUGCUGCUCAGUGCUCACUCACAGUCAGUCAGAGUCAGAGGGUAUCUCCACCUCCACGAACUGAAAUCAACUUACCCUCUCUUCCCUCUCUUCUUUCCCUUUCCCCCCUCCGCACUAGUUUCACUCAGUGCCCAUCGUCUGGACUUGCUUCCAGAUUUCCCCCCCUUACCCAUAUCUACUCCUCGACUGUAUAACUUGCUGUCUGGAUUCCCAUCCUUCUCUUGGGGGUUCCAACAGUUAGUUGGUUCAGUCGCCGUCCUUCCCUCCCCCCCAAACCUAACCGACCAAACCCCCUUCGCGUGUCAGCUGCCGCAUCGAUAUUGGCUGCUGCGUCGCACCCGUCAUUGUGGAUUGCGACCGCCCACUCCGUCCGUCUACUGGCCGCCUCCCCUCUCGCCCCUUCUGAACCCUCAUCAUCAGAACAGCCUGCCGUUCAAAUAAUGAGGUUCGACGCAAUUCGAAUCUAGCUUCAAUUCCUCCGUGUCGUCUCCCCUCCGAUUUUCGAUUUGCACCACCACUUCCCGGUGUCCCGCGUCGUCUCCGCCUGAUUGCGCUACGUGCGUCUGCCGUCCC